ACACACACAUGCACAGUGCUAAUCUUUCCAGAAAGGUUGACCUUCUGCAUCUGUGAAUCUACCACCACCACAACACCAUCAUGAUAAGUAGUCCCAGGACUCCACCGCGGCAAGAAGACGACGCCACGGGAAUGCAAGGACCGCCUGCAGCCGCUGAACCAAGCGCCGGGUUCAUGCGACGAUCCCUCAGUCGUCUCAGCCAUCAUUCUUCGUCGUCCACUGCCAGCCUCAACCAACCGCUCCUCCCCGCCAUUACUGUGAUCCAACGUGUUGUUGCGGGCGAGAGUACCAGUGUAACUCCUCCGUCCGACGCGGGGCUCAGGCAGCGCCAGAGCUCCGUCGUAAGCAACAAGAGCAACAAGAGCAACAAGAACAACGAAGACAACACGACCGGCAAAAUGAAGUUCAACAUGGGCAAGGCGCGCGCGCUCGGCACGGACGUGAAGUUCCGCCCCGACUUCAAGUUCAAUAUGGAGCUGGCACUGCGGACGGCCGUGGGCGUGCUCUUGGCAUCGAUGGUCCAGACCAAGUACCGCAAGGACAAUGUCCAAGUGCCAUCCAACUCGCAUGAGAAGCAGUGGGUGUUCUUCCCCGAGUGGUACAUUCUCGGCGGCAUCUCGUACGUGGCCGUGGCCACUGUGUUUUGCUGCGGGCGCAACAUCGGGUCGACAGUUCGCGAAGUGUUUCAGCAACUGAGUGGCGUAGGCGUUGCGUUGCUGUACAAUUUGCUGCUCUUUUCCGUGUUCCAGCCCCAAGUAUUUGACACCAAACAAGCAUUUUUGAAUGCCACGAACGACGGCACGCUGACGCUCAUCUCGCACGCGUUCAGCGGAAGUCCGUACUACGUCCACGAAGGCGACUUCUACACGAUUUUGCCGUUUAUUAUGCUCUUUACCAUGCUAGUCCUCGUCCUCCCCAUCGAAACCAACACGAAAAAGUACGCGAUUGGCAACAACUUGUUCUUUGCGCUGACGUUGGUAAGCCCCAACGACUUUACCAACCCGUCGUUGCCCAAGGCAUUUGGCGACGCGCUGUACAAAACGCCCAACUUGCUCAGCAACUUGCUCGUGUAUUCGUUUCUGGGCAUCCUUGGCGCCAUCAUUGCCCAGUUUAUGAUGUGGUUCCCGUACCCGAUCUUUGGAAUUCGCAAAUUGCAAGACCAGACGUUGACAUGCGCCGACACUAUCCAAGAUUUGCUCAACUUGAUCGUCGACUCGUACUGUUUCAAGAACAAGGACGUCGACCACAUGAACUUUUUGCGGCUCAAACUCAAACGCAAGUUCGACCUCGCCACCGCCAAGCACGCCCACAUGAAGUCGCUGCUCCAUGACGUGUGGUGGGAACAGCUCGUGGGGCUCCACGUCCCCCUGCGCUUCAAAAUGUCCGUCACCAAGCCCUACAUUGACCUAUUUGGGUCACUUGUCGACAACCUACGGGCGAUGACCCAAGCAAUUCAACUGGAGCGGUACGAGCGGCUGCAUACGCUGUUUAUGAAGUCGCUGCAAAAGCAAGUGUACAUGAUUCAAGUCAAGGCGACGGCGUUGCUCAGUGAAAUUUCGACACAUGUCCACGAUGGCCACACCCAUUUGGACCUGCGGUCGCUCCAAGAACUGGAAAAACAGAUCGAGACGUUGCUCCAGCACUUUCAAGCCACCCAAACACGCAUCUAUAAACGAGAGUCCCCGUCCCCCAAAGACGUCGAAGCCAACAUCCCCCUCAAUUUGUUUCUGUUUUCAUUGCAAUCGUACUGCUCGUCCUUGCUCGAGUUUCAAUCGUCGUUUAAUACCCGCACCCACAAAACGAACUUGCGCAUUGCUCGGUUUGUGAGGAAGCAGUUGGCGAGCUAUGUGGAUACGUCCCAGUACACGCGCCACAAGUUUGAAACUGCGUCGAAAGUUUGGUUUGCGAUCCUCUGCGCAUGCUUCUUCUCCGUCUACACGUUCGGGUACUCGUCCACGACCGCCGGGACCGUCGCGUAUGUCAUGGGCAAUCAUAUUGGCGGGUCGUUUAGCGUGACAGCCAACCGCGUGGGCGGCGUCGUCGCCGGCAGCAUCAUCCCGUCGGUCGUGCUGUUUUACAUUUGCUCGUACUCGUGCUGGAGCAACAUUGCCGUGUCUUUCUUUUCGAACGCGAUUCUGUUUGUGUGGGUCACGUUCUCCAUGUACAUCAAGUGGAAGGAUGGGUUCGAGUCUUACGCGGGCCUCGUGUCGGCGUUCACGGCGACCAACAUCAUGCUCAAGGGGUGCGACGGGUGUGCGGCGGGUACGCUGGUCACGCCCACGUCGUCGUACUCGAACCUGGCGCAAAUGAGUCUCGGUAUUGUGCUGUUUAUUGUGGUGGAAUUGGUGUUUUGCCCACAGUCCGCCAUCGGACUCUUGCGCGCCAACGUCCAGCAGCACAUGAAGCUCGCCCAGCAGGCAUUCCUGAUCUUGUUUGAGCAGAACGUGCACAAUUCGGGCGUGAUGGACCAAUCUACGCUCGACCAAGUUCAGGAUAUUGUGCAGAAGACGAUGCCGGCGCUCCUAGCUGACCAGGCGGGGCUGCUGUACGAAGCCGGGUUUGAACCGCUGCUGUGGAAGCCGCCGUUCUCGCAGGCCAAGUACCAAGCCGUGCUGGACUGUUGCCAGCGCCUACUCAACAACACGCUCGUGCUAUUUAAACUUGUGACAUGGUUCAAGUUUCGCAUUGAGCAGCGACACUUGACCUUGCACAAGAAGCUCGACGUGGAGAAAAUCACUCGAAAAUCACACGAAGCAGCCCACAGUGUCACAGCUAAGGAAGCGUGGGCAUUCUCGACGGUCGAGCUCGGCCGCGCGAUCCACGACACAUUUGACACGUUGUACGAUCUGUUUGGCGACAACUUUAUGUACGCCGACGGCGACCAAACCGCGCUGUUUAUGCAGAUGAAGGAAGCGUUCCGGGUGGCAGACACGGACUGCAGCGGCGAAAUCGACGCCGACGAGGUCCGCCAUAUGCUCGAGAUGGUGUUUGCCCUGUCCGGCGCCGUUAAAGUCGAUGCCAUCGACAGCUACGUGCACGACUUUAUGGAGAUUGUGGACGCCGACAAGAGCGGCAAGGUCAGCUUUGACGAGUUUAUGGACGCAUUGGAGCGUGGGCUGAAGCUCGAAGUCGAGGUGUUUCAGCAUCGAUCAAAAAAGGUGGUCGGGCUCGCAAGUAUCGCCGAAGGAGGGGAGGCUGGAGGCGUUGAAGAGGUCGAAGGGGCUCCAGUCGACAACGACGACGACCACCACCACGUGGUGCUGCAAGUGGGCAGCGGAGACGUUCGGUCGGCGCCGAGCCCGCGAACUCACCGGGUGUCGUCUGGAGGGGCGUCGCCCCUGACCCGGUCCCAUGACAUGCUCAACGUGGACUCGUUCUCGCUGCUCGAAAUCUCGCAGACCAUGCGCACAACGUACGCCCAGUGGCUGAUGGAGAAGAACCGGUUCGAACGAGUGACGAUGGAGGAGCUGUUGCUGCUCAACUGCCUCAUCAGCGGCGUCAGCGGCAUCGCGCGCAACCUGGCGCUGUUGGAAGAAAUGACAGUCCAGCAGUAACCACAAUACCAUAAGCAACAGCCCAUCUAAAUAGUUCACAUAAGCUUGGUCCGUCAUACACAUCACCCCUGGCUGUUUAGAG